AGUAUCACGAACAGGGUUUGGUGUGUGAGGACAACACAGGAGGAGGACUGCAGAGGUUUGCUGCCUUGAGUGAGGAGUUGACCUUUCACCUCCAGCAGCUGCAGACAGAGACUGAGCACGAGCUCAAGAACUUACGAAAGAAGCACCUGCACAUUGAAGGUCGUCUGCAUCAGCUGACCUCUGAGUUGCUUGUGCUGCGUGAGAAGAAGAAACAGAUCCAGCAAGAAUUCACCAGUAACCCCACCCUUCAAACAUCCACUACGCAGUUGUGUGCUUGUCAAGAACUUCACACCUCCGUCGGUGAGAGUUUGAUCCAGUUUGAGAGGCUUGUGUUUCAAAAGGAGGCACUGAGCGCGCUCUGUAACCUUCUGAGCCAAGACCUGCACAGAUAUCAAGAAGAGACGAGCAGGCUAACACGUUUCACUAAGCUCAUACUCAACCAUUGGGACAGGUCAAAAGAGGAAGUGACCUCCACCAUCAGCCCUAGUGGCCCCAGCAUGCAGGAAAAGAACGAGACGGUGCAAGAAAGCAACAUGCAUACGCCCGAGUCGUCUCCCUCCCGCUCACCACUUAGUCCUCAGCAGACCUCCGACAAAGAAGAGGCCAAACAGAACCGAAGAGGCCUCUCAAAUCUGCACCGAGCUGGCAGCGUCAAAGACCUUAUCAGUAAAUUCUCUGGUCCAGAUUACGACUCGUAUCUCAAGUCUCCUUUGAGUCUUUAUUCUGGAGCAGGAAGAGUUGAAAAGCACGCCUUCUUUGAGACUGUUAGUCCUCCAAGGUCAAAGUUGAGUCCGACCGUUAUCGGUCAAGACGACAAACCAGUUCCAAGUAUCUCUGUGACUCCUCCAUUCGAGGAAAGGAGUCGGAGUACGGGCGUACCUGUUCAAAGAGUCGUUCAAAGUAGCCAGAUAACUGCAAGAAUUGAUUGUCCUGUAGAUCACAGCAGUGAGAGGACAGAUUCAAACAAAAGCACAGACUCUGGUAGAGAUUCGGUGGCGGACUCUGGCAUGGGAUCGGAGCCUGAAAGUGAUUCAAACAAGCAGCCGGACAGUCUGUCAGAGGAGGAGCCCUCCACUCCAAGAGUUGUACCGCCCAGCCCCAGAUAUCAGCUGUUCCUUGACAACGAGCUGAAGACCAACGGCUUGAGUAGCAGGGAUGCAGAUGGCCCAGGAGGCGGAGGCCCGCUGGGGGAGAAUGGCUCCAGGUUGUCCCGGUGGGAGACCACACGACCAGGGCUGAACUACCUAGGGUCCAUGGAGUCCAUCGCGUCACGGGACUUUGACAUUGAUCGGGCAAGCAUGAUUGACAGCCCGUCUCGAGUGUUCAACAGCCCCUACAGCUUGAACAUGAACACACAUUUGACAGGAAUGGUAUCUCCUGCCACAUCGGAGUUGAACCUGCACACCUACAGUCGUAGCAGCAGUCCGGUGCUGAUGACGGGGCCCACCCUCAUUCCCCCUCGCACGCGAUACUCCGCAUACGAUGCUCUCUUGAAGAGGAGGAACGACGUCCCUAAUCCCGUGGUACCCACCCACUACAGCUUACGAUCCAGCACACUGGGGGGGGGGCCCAAUAGAAAAGACUUCAUUGAGGAAUUGACCAAACAGUUGGAUGCCUGUCAGAAGCGUAACCAGUUCCUGGAGGCUGAGAGUGUGGAGAUGGAGAAAGAGAGGAACCAGAUCAGGUUCGAAAUGCGUGGCCUGCUGGUGAACAACGAAGACCUGCUGAGGACCAACACUCAGAUGGCCAAUGAGAUGAAAAGACUGAGAGAGCAGAUAUUGGAGAUGGAGAGAACCAAUCAGAUCCUGGCGGAGAAGCACAGAGAGAUGGAGAUCGAGGUGAAGCAGGCCCGUGACGUGAUGUUGGAGGCCAAUACUCAAGAGUAUGCCUUCAGCUUCCUCCAGCAGACCCUUAAGAACAAGAUCCAGGAUGCUGAGGAGAGCCUGGAGAAGCAAACGCUGCACUCUCAGACUCUGGCAGAGAAGUUAUGGCUUGCUGAGAGACAGCUGGAGGAGCUGGAGGUGGACAAAGACAGCAAACACAAGAAGACGUCUGAACUCAACAGCACCAUCAAUAGACUCGAAGAAGAGCUUGCCGAGGCCUUGCAGAUGUCCUCCCAGUGCACAGCAGAGUUCAACCUGCAACAGAAAUUGCGUCAGGAUGCCCAGCUGAGGGUGGAGGAGCUGGAGGAGUCCUUACUGGAGAAGGAGCAAGAGCUGCAGAGACUUCAAGCUAUUGUCAACAGGUUGCAGGGAGAGGUGUCAGGUAAGCUGAUUGACAAGGAGCGUACACUGGAGGAGGAGAUCCAGCUGAGGGAGAGGCUUCAGCUGCAGUGCAAGCAGGCGGAGAGGACAGUGGACGAUCUUCACAUGGAGCUGCAGACCACCAUCCAAGCCAGAGAUGACCUCGCCAAACAGCUCAAACUGGCUCAGGAGAAAAUGAUUGACCUGGAAAGUGAUGUGGAGGAGCUGCAUGACAGCGAGCAGCGAUGGGCCUCCAAGCACAAGAGAGCUAUAGAACAGACUGAGCAGCUGCAGCUGAAGCUGAUUCAGGAAAAAGAUCUGAACGACCAGCUGGAAACUGAGAAGGCCAUCACGGAGCGACAAUAUCGUGAGCUACGUUUAGAGUUGGACGAGUUUCAGAACUCCAAACCUUCAGAUGACAUCAUCUCCAAGACGGAGACCCGAGUCAGAGAGCUGGAGAACUCUCUCAGAACCGAGGAGAGGAGUAAAGCGGCUCUUAACAACACCAUUGGUAAACUGGAGAGGAGGAUCAAUGAGCUUGGAGAUCAGAUGGAGGAGGAGCACAGGAUAGCUGCAGAGCAAAAAGACCUGAUGACGCAGAGAAUCCGCUCUCUCAAGCGCCAGCUGAACGAGGCAGAGGAAGAGGCGAGCCGUAGAGACGCUCAGUUGCGUCACAGUCAGCGGGAGCUAGCCGAGGAGAGGGAGUCCAACGGGCGACUUCAGAGGCAGCUGCUCGACCAACACCUGCAGACAAAUCGAAAGGACACUCUGACCAUUCGUCAGACUCUAGAUAACCUGCGGCUGGACCUCAGCGUUGACGAUGACGAUGACGAUGACGAAGUAGAGCAGAAACGUCCAGAACCGAAAGACGAGAAAGUCGUGGAACAGAUCAGUAAGGUCACCGAGGUUUAACGCAGUCUGUCAUUGGGCGUGCACCGUCAGCGCCAUCAACACAUAUCAGCAUCAGAACAUAGUAUUAAAUACUUUUUCAUAGUAGAAAACAUGCCGACGUAUGUAAUAACAAUAUUACCGCCACGUUACAGAGCGUGUACGCAUUCAUUCACUAAUUAGCUGUAUAGUGACAUGAAAUACUUUAUGGGGGGGUGUACAUUGAAAUAUCAAUCAACGGCACAAAAUGUUACAUGUUGACCAGAAUGAUGUACCCACAUGCCAAAAAUAUGACAUGGGGUAACUAGAAAUAUAUAUCUAUAUCAGUCAAUAUAGAUAGAACGCCAAUACCAGCAAACGUAGCCCUGAUUUACUAAGAUUAUACCAAUACUGGAUCGGAUUGACCCCAUCCCUAAAUAUCUGAUUUUGCAAAGAUAACACAGUGGAACCCGCUUAAGUCGAUUGUGUACUCCUGUCCGCUUAAGUCGACAUAAACAUACAUUGUCCAUUGCUAAAAUAUGACACCCAUAAGGGUCAUUUCUAUGAUACAUUGCUCAGUUGACACAUGUCGUAGUAUUGGGAACUUCACAUACUACAUAAACAAAACAUGCUCACAUACCUUCCAUUCUCACGUUUUUUUGGGUGGAAAUCUCGUAUUUCGACCAAAAUCAAGAGCCUCCAAACAUCCCUCAGUUCCACAGAGCUCUCCACUCACACGUUCCUCCUCGGCACGUCUACAUACGAUUGCGUGGGACGUCCUCUCGAUGGAUGGUGGUGUGUUGACUCCUUCUUGCCGGAAGUUUCUGUUUCUUCCUCUGGGUAGCUCUCUUGUUUGUUUGAUGUUUGUUUGUGCAAGGAGGGCUUCAGGGUCCAUUAUUCAUUGGAUUGGGAUUCCCCAGGCCAGCGUCUUCUGCGCCAUAGAACCCAUCCAGGAACCAGGAAGUACUGGUGGUGAAUAAGAGUAUGAGAUAUUGUACGAAAACAGAACAAUGGUUUUGUCGCCGUGAGUCACCUGGUCCCAGGGGCGUCACCAUAAACGGGUUCCACUGUGAUGCUUACCUCCGAUUGGUGCUGCCAUCAUUUGAACAACGUGUGUAUCGUAGUUGGCAGUGGUGUGGAAUGGAACUAAACAUCUUCCAAAAUAUCCCAUAGUUCCUAAAAUAUGGCCCUUUAAGUUAUUACUCUGUCCUGAUUGCCAAAAUUAAACAAAAUUGAGCAUUUUUCGAAAUGUAAAGGACCUGUGAUUAAAACUUGAAUUUAUUAGACGUACUUGAUCAUUUAGUCCACUAAAUCCACCCUAAAAAUGUUUCCAUUGACAAUCUAUAUUGGUCGUACUGGUUGUUCACAUCUUGCAGGGUUACGACACAAAACAAGAGGGAAAAAUAACACACAAUAAUUUAUACUGAAUGUAAUUUUUAUGUUUAUGUUGCAUAUGUCGUUGGUAUAUUUCUGGAUUUUCUGUCUUUUCUAAUUACCUGUGGGGGUACAUGCGAUUUUAGAGAAUGAAAUAUAUAUGUAUGUAAAGUGCUGACUCGAGUAUUUUAUGGGGUGUAACCGCUGCAAGGAACUUACUUAUUGUGCCUCGUAUCAAGACCUCAACAUGUGCCUUAAUGUGCUUUUACAAUCCAGACUCUAAAAGAUAGCUUUUAUGAUGGGAUUUUAAAGUCAAUAUUUUGUUUAAGGCCAUUGUGUUCUGUGGUCUUUGAGCCAAGCAAGUCCACCUAUAUUUUUACAUAUAUGCAAUAUAUUAUAAACCUAAUAUUCAGAUCUAAUCUGGAUUCUCUAUUUUGUUUACAUUUGCUGGUCUAUUUUGCUGUCAGGAAUAUGCGCUGUUAGGAAUACAGUCAUUGUGGUUUAUGACAUCGCUAUCAUAUUUUAUUGCUGGUUUUACUGCAUCAUGCAAGCUAUUUACAUUUACAAAUUAAAUGGUACUAGUAUUUGUAUUUGCAAUAACACACAUGUAUGCUGGUUCUGCUGGAUAUUUAUUGUUGUUUUUCACAUUCUCGAGUUUCCUAAAUAAAUUCUUCUCCACAGUCAAUGUGCUGGCUUUACUGAAAUCUACUUUUUUCUAUUUUUACUUUACUAAGACACAUUACUUGGAGACAUACAGUAAAAUAUUAGAUUUGAGGUCUUGUUACCUUGCAAACAGUGGAAGUUGCUGGUCAUUCAAGGAGGGGAAACACGUUUAUUAAUAUUACUACAUCAAUGUGUUGAUAUUUUGCUAUGUAAAUUGUAGCAAUAGCUUGCUAGCAGGUGCACGAGGCUUC